AUGGAGAGAUUAAGCUUGAUUUGCCCCUGGCCGCCAUCUAAAGAUAGCAAGCAGUACCUUGUACCGUCCAUGUUGAUGUCACCCCCAACAGAUGAUGUCCUUAAGCUUCUCGACUCUGUAAACAUUCCAUCUCUUUUUGUAACAUUUGCAUCAGGUCGAGUGCCACCUGGUCUAUUCUCCCGACUUAUCCUGCAUUUUCUCCAGUGGUGUGGUGAAGAAUGGAAGAGCAAAGUGAGCCCAGAGUUGUUUCAUAAUUUUGCCAUGUUUCGCAUUCUUCCAGACCAAGGUAUCUCUGUCAUUUUUUGGUGCCAUCCCUCAGCCAUUGAAGUCGCUCUUUACAGCUUAGGCAAUGACGAGAAAAGAGUAGAUAUGUCCCGUGCUGUUCACUGGAAAUUGAGGUUAAUACUGGAAUGCAUGCGGAAAGAGUUUCACUGGCUCAACAACGUGAAGUACGAUAUGUGUGUCUGCUGCCCAGUCUGUUCUCGACCAGGGUCGGUAAAAUGCCGCGAUCAUGACGUGCGUGGAUGUGAGUGUCUUCCCUUCUUGUCAGAAUCUGAUUUGAGACAACGUCAACAUUGUAACAGACAAGGACGCAGCCAUCUUGGGGAUCGCAGGAUUCGUGUCGAGCAGUUUGAAUGUUGGUUCCUAGGCGGAGAAGAAGGGGAGGGUGCUGGAAUAUCAACGAAUCAGGUACGUUGCCAGUCACAUCCUCUUCCUUGGGUUGAUAAGACGCCAAUACUUUUUAAGUUCAAUGAUAUUUUUAUAAAGUGGUUUAAAAGUGGAUUUAAUUUGGUUUUUUUAGCAGCUGCAAGAUCUUCACACAACAAGUCAUGGAGGCUCCCUCUGUGCGAAAGGCAUAUUUUCCAUAGAGGGUAAAGGUCGCUAUCGUUCAUGUCAUUAUAUCAUAAUAACAAUGUCGUACCUAAAGAAAGAGCUAGCAAGAUCCCUUCUCGCAUAAUUUUAGAGUAAUUUGCUUACACUUGUUUCUCCUGGAACAGACCUUUAACCAACUCAAAAUAUUUGGGCGUCAGCAAAAUACAUUCCAUCUACAUCAUUCCCGAGAGUAUCAAAACUUCCAUCCAGUCCAUUCCACUCAACUCAGGAAGUGAUGUUAAGGAUAUUGUGAUUCAGUUUCAAGAAGCUCUGCAGUUGGAACCACCAUCUUUGGCCAGUCCAGAGCCUGAGACGAAAAGUAUGAUUCGUGGCCUCGCCUUGAGAGCUAAAUCUGAGAAACGGGAGGAUUUGGUGAGACAUUUACGAGAGAUUACACCUGCUGGUACUACUGGUGAGUUUAAGAAGAUGAGAUUUUUUCGAACGGGGGAGGGGAAAUAGGUUCCUAAGGUAUAAAGAAUUACCCACACAAGCGUCCUCUCAAUGCAACAUUAAAAUAAUGUCAACACGUGCUUGAUUUUAUUGUGAAGUUGUAUUUGCUGUUGAUGCCCUUUUGAUCUGCUUUAAUAUAUAUAUAUAUAUUUUGUUUUUGUUUUUGUUUUUGUUUUGAGUAUUCUAAAAUAAAUUCUGCUAGAUUUAUCUGCUUUUAUUGUUUGUUUGUCUCUACAGGACCGUUGUUGAAUGAGGAUUUGUCAGUUGGUUUCAUGCUGCAUAAACAAUACAAGGAUUUAACGUUCUACCUUUCGGGUAGGGAAUUAGGCUUGCGUCUGCAGACCCAUUUAUUCAUAAACUAGUUGUAACCUUUGAUUGAAAAAUAGAUUGUCGUACUCUAAAAAGGACUCUCGAAAAAAGUCGGGCAUUAACAAGAUUCGAUUUUGCAGAUGCGUUUCCAGAACAUAUUCUUGUUAGAUUAGUUCAUAGCGAGCUGCUUUCGUCAGCUCUCGUCAAAACCCUUUCCAUAAGGAUGAGAUGACGAUAAUUUAGACGAAAUUUGGUGGAUAUCGGGCUCCCAGUAAAUUUCAGCAAUUUAUGCCAUUUAACCAUACGGUCUACAAUAGAGUUUAGUUUAAGGUCAAAGUUCUGUUUUUCAAUUGUAACACAGUUUAUAAAAGAGCAUAAUAUGUUUUCCUAUGCAGGUGGAGACGAGUGGAAAGUGUUGGCAGAAAGGCUAGGUUUCUCCCAAAUCGAGAUUCGCUUUUUAGACAAGAGAGUUGUGAAUCCCUCGGACGUUGUCCUUGGCGCUGCGGGAAAGCAUCGCUACCUGAGUGUUGUAGAAAUCUAUGAAACACUAGUAGACUGCGGGCUACCAGCUAUCGCAGAUCUAAUGUAA